UGUCUUUGUCACAUUCGACGCGUCAUAUCUUUCACUUUCCCUUAUCGCACUCAUUUCUUUUUUUUAUUUACACCGACUACCCUUCUACCUGUUUGACAAAACUACGAAGCCCUCUCUCAUUUUCCAUCAACAUAUAAUUAUUUAAGACCACCAUUAAAGCGGGUCUUUCUGUCUCUGUUUUGGUUUUCAGUGGGCAAACACCUUACAUGGCAAUGCAUGCCAAGACAGAUUCAGAGGUCACCAGCCUCGCACCAUCUUCACCCACUAGGUCUCCACGCCGUCCAGUCUACUACGUGCAGAGUCCAUCACGGGAUUCUCAUGACGGAGAGAAAACAACCACGUCGUUUCACUCGACGCCGAUAAUCAGUCCGGUGGGAUCUCCGCCACAUUCACACUCUUCCGUCGGGCGUCACUCGCGUGAAUCGUCUUCGAGCAGAUUCUCUGGGUCUUUAAAACCCGGAUCCCGCAAGAUCUCUCCCAAUGAUGCAUCUAAAAGUAAUAGAAAGGGACAAAAACAGUGGAAAGAUUGCGCAGUAAUUGAAGAAGAAGGUCUUCUUGAAGAUGAAGAGCGGCGAAAGGGUAUCUCGCGUCGCUGUUUCUUUCUUGCUUUUAUCGUCGGUUUCUUCGUUCUCUUCUCUUUCUUUUCUUUAAUUCUUUGGGGUGCUAGUAAGCCGCAAAAACCCAAGAUCGCAAUGAAGAGUAUAACAUUUGAGCAUUUCAGCAUUCAAGCUGGUUCAGAUUCUACGGGAGUGGCAACUGAUAUGAUCUCAGUUAACUCCACAGUUAAAAUGAACUACAGAAACACCGGAACAUUUUUUGGAGUUCAUGUCACAUCCACACCUGUAGAUCUAUUCUAUUCCGAGAUCAAUAUAGCCUCAGGAACUGUAAAGAAGUUUUAUCAGUCCAGAAAGGGUCACAGAUUAGUCCAAAUACCAGUGAUGAGCAAUAAAAUUCCUUUGUAUGGAAGUGGAGCUGGUUUGAUUAGUAAAUCAGGGACAACUACACAGCCAGCAACACUAAAACUGACUUUCACUCUGAAAUCGAGAGCUUAUGUUUUGGGAAAAUUGGUUAAGCCGAAGUUUAAUAAAAGAAUUGAAUGCGAUAUUACUUUUGAUCCCAAGAAGCUCAAUGUCCCAAUCUCCCUCAAGAAAUCUUGCACAUAUGAUUGAUGGCUACAUUUUAAAUUUCGCUUUCAGUUUUAGCGUAUUAUUGAUUCAUUUUCAUUGAAUAGAACUGGAACAUGAGAAACUGGUUAGCUUGGGCAGCGUUUGAGAAGGGUUGGGCAGCGAGCUGAAGGAAGAAUGUUUGGACUUUUUUGGUUGGGCAACUGCCCGUUGAGUGGGGGAACAGGCUGGAAUGGAUUCGGUAGCGACUUGUGAGUUCUGAGUUGAGAACUUUUGUUUUUAUUUAUAUUUGUUUGGUUAUCAAUAUAAUUUUGUAUUUAUAAAUGUAAAACAAACUAUACUAUUUAAAUAUUGCUUACUAGUAAUAUUAUUUAAUUUCAUUU